AUGGAAGGGUCUGGAAAAGCUUUUGUGGUUUCAGAAGAUCAGAAACUUGACUGGGCAGAUUUGUUCUUCAUUAUAGUGCAACCUGUUCAAUUACGAAAGCCUCACUUGCUCCCCAAGCUACCUCUUCCCAUUAGAGAUACGUUAGAGAUAUAUUCCGCUCAAGUGAAUAGUGUAGCUAAGGUUAUAAUAUCGAAAAUGGCGAAAGCCGUGCAGACCAAACCAGAGGAAUUAAAAGAAAUAUUUGGUGAUGGUAUGAUGCAGAGUAUAAGGAUGAAUUACUAUCCACCUUGUCCACAACCGCGUUAA